AUGGCCUUCCACCAACCGGCCCGUCAGCUCCAGCAACAACGAAACCGCGUUCUCUCCAGCGAUGGCUCUUCAGCUGUUUUCUCGCCUCAACCGACGGGUCUGGGCGAGUCGCAGACAUGGGUUCUCUUCACCCCCGGCACCGACGCCGGCACCACAGCUUCCUACCUCAGCGACUCUAUCCACGAUGACCAGCAGGUGACCCCCGGCCGGUCGCGGGUUAGCGAUCUCGGUAGCUUCGACACCGCAGCCCGUUCCGAUUUCAACUCGCAAAACAACAACUCGGUAGUGCCCUCGGAUUUACUCGAGGAAAGCAUCGCGGAGGAAGAGGAAGAAGAAGAUGAUGAGGAGGAUGAGGAUCCAGAGUUCGACAGUCUCGACAGCCAUCUUCCAGACUUCCGAACGCCUCUCGGGCAGUCGCCGCAAAAUGGGCAUGCGAUUCCCGUUUUCCCCAGCCAUGACGGCAUGGGUUCGUUCCAGUUCAAGCCUCCGGGCAUGAGCAGCGACAUCCAAGAGCGACUAUACCAAUUCGAGCGACUCAACCCCAACCGCAUCCAGCGUCGCAACGAGGCGCUCGAACAGAUCCACAUGGAAUAUGGUGGUCAAGAGGUGGAAGACAACGAGCGCAAUCGGAGGAUAGAGGCAUGGCGGUUGGAGCAGAGCAAGCUGCUGCUCGAGAGAAUCCGAAAGGAGACAAGGAGGAGGCAAUCGCAAACUUCGCUACGCACCGUAAACUCGGCCAGGAGCGUGGACGAUAAGGCCGCCAGCGUGUUGGGUCAGCUCGAUCAAGACGAUACGGCAAGCCUCGCCAGCGAUGAUUGGCACGAUCACGAUGACGAAUACAAGGCCCAGUCCUCCAGCACAGAAACGCUCAAAGAGGCAGUCAACAAGGAAACAAGCGAAGGGAUAAUAGGGCGGACGAGAGAGGCCAUUUGCAGCCUGAUAGGAGUCGACGAUAGGCUACUCGCCAUCCUCCUAGGCGAAGCCCUCCCUGACGAGGAAGAGCUCUCCACGACGCCUACGGCAUCCACGACUAUGAACGUCGACUCACAGGUACAAACGUCCGAGGAUUCGACAUGGCAGUUGCGCAUGCUAAACCGGAUAGCGAAAGAACUCGGGAUGCUGAUUCACCAACUAUCAACCUCUCCCCACCCCGGCGCCUUUUCCACCUACACCAGGGUCCAGCAAAUGCCCCUCCCAUAUGCCGGCCUACCGGUCAUUCCCGAGGCCUCAGCCGUCACCAACAACGAUUCUGUAUCCCGGGAUGAUAGCGACGUGGCAUCCAACAUGUCCCAGUUCAAACCGACUAUUACCCAACCUGCCACCGCGUCCGAACAAGGACAGGCCUCCGCUGCCACUCCCGCUCUCUCAGAAGUCACAUCCUCCAAACUCACCACGUCCACCGGGCCGGCCCCGUCCGACGUGACCUCCACAACAGGGGCAGCACCACCCACGACCACCACACCCUCUGUUUCCCAACAACAAAAACCAACCUUCACCCAAGACGAAUGGGAACAAGAGCUCGACAUCGGCCUCAUCUUCCGCUACCUCCGCUCUCGCUUCUCUCCUUCCUCCCGACCCCCCUCGCCCACUUCCUUCUCCGGACCAUCCCUGACCCCCUCCUCCUCCUCCAUCUUCGCCACCGCCUCCACAGCCGACCUAGCAGCCAAAGCCGCUCGCGUCCGUCAACACCACCCUCUCAUGUCCCACCAUCGCCGCCCUCCUGCCACGAGGACCUUCAAAGUCUCUACCCCUUCAGGCGCAAGCAGCAUUAUCACUUCCCCUACUAACGCGGCGGCAGCCGCCGCAGCGGCCGUGGUGUCGGUUAUGAGGCAGAGGGCGGGCAGCUGUGCUAGUCAGAGUACGCAGAGGAGUGCGGCGAAUAGGACUACCGGAAGGGGUAGUGUGAAAAGGAGGAAUAGUGGGGCAUCGACGGCUACCGGGAGGGUGAGUCAUGGGAGUAGGCAUUAUUGGGAUUUUCCCAUGGGGCCGGGAGGGAGCGUUAAGGGCGGGAGCGUGGUUGCAGGAGCGGGAGGCGGGAUGGGGAGUUGGGGAGAGGUUUGA